AUGGAAUUCCCCAAAUCCCACAUUCACCCACCCCAAACCCCCCACACACAUACCGUGAUCCUCCUACACGGCCGCGGCAGCGACGGCGGCGAGUUCGCCUCAGAGCUCUUCUCAUCCGAAACCUCCAACGGCAAAAACCUGCCUACCAACCUCCCCUCCUACCGCUGGGUAUUCCCAACCUCCCACAACCGGUGGAGCACAGCCUUCAAAGAAGAGAUGUGCGCAUGGUUCGACGCAUACUCACUCGACAACAUCUACGAGCACCAGGAACUGCAGAAAGCCGGACUCCGCGAGUCCAUCGCCCACAUCCUCUCCAUCAUCGACGACGAGGCGCGCCUGCUAGAUGGGAAGUACGCUAAUAUUUAUCUCGGCGGGAUGAGCCAGGGCAUGGCGACGGCGUUGUGGGCGUUCCUGGCUGCGUCGGCGACGGGCCGCUUUCAGGGCCCGCUGGGUGGGCUGCUGGGCUUUUGUGGGUGGUUGCCGUUUGCGCAGCAGCUGGAGUGGUUGUUGUCUGAGCCGGACCUUGGGCCUGGGAGUGCGCAGACGCGGAGUUUGAUUUCGGGGUUCUAUUUUGAGCAGAUUGCUGGUGCUGGGGAGGUGGUGCCUGAGGGUAAGGUUGAUGGUGGUGCGGUUUUGGAGACGCCUGUGUUUUUGAGUCAUGGGGCUGAUGAUCCGUGGGUGUCUGUUGAGCUUGGGCGGCAGGCUUGUCAGGUUCUGAGGAAGAUUGUGGGACGUGUUGACUGGGAGGAGUUUACGGGUGCGGAAGGGGAUGGGCAUUGGGUUAAGGCGCCUGAGGGCUUCGAUCAUAUUCUGAAGUUCCUUGAGGGUUGA